AUGUGCUAGCGGCAGUCGUAUUAAUUUACAAUUAUAGUACCUGUAAUUAUUAUUAAAAAUAGAAAAAGUGUCAUAUUCGUGAUCAAGAGUAGUGCAAUGAUGACCAGAGGUGGAGGCAAAAGUGAGGACUCCUCUAAAAAGCAGGUGGGAGAGUUUCAAAUAUUGAACCAGCGCAUGGAAGAAAUGGCUGCCAAGUUUAAGACUGACCUUAAUGACUUCCGGAACGUUUUACAAGAAAAAUCCAUGGCAAGGACAAGUGCCAGCGAAGACAAUGUCUUAAAUGGCGAUUUACUGAAGUUAUCCGAAAAAUUCUCAUUAUUCGAAAAAACUGUAAUGACGUCAUUGGACUCUUUAAGGCAGGAUAUGAAUCAAAUAAAGAUAGAGGUCGCUACAAACAACAAUAAUAUUCUGGUGCACGGUGUGAACGAGGACUCACCUGACAUCUAUCAGGCCAUAUGCGAUCUAAUGCAUUCCAAAAUCAAUAUAAAUGUGCAAAAAAACGAUAUAAAUUAUUGUUAUCGUUUGGGUACCACUAAUACGAGAGACAAAAAACCAAGACCUAUUUUAGUUUCAUUUUGUUGUCGAUGGCUUCGAGAUCAAAUAUUUUAUAGCAAAAAACUGCUCAAAGGUUCAAAUGUCUUGUUUACUGAAUUGCUUACGGCCGAGAAUUUAAAACUAUUUAAAGUUGCCCGUGGGCACUUUCGAAAUCACUGCUGGACAAGAUCGGGGAAGGUGAUUGUUCUGUGUGAAGGUGUGCAGGUGGUUGUCUUUUCUCAGGAAAAACUCAGUGAGCUGAUUGGAAAAGCCUAGUUCAGUGUGAUACCUCGUUGACUAAUUUCUCAAGAUAUCUUCAGAUUAAGUCGGCUUUGCUCAUGGAAAUCUCUCCAAGUAAUUUCAAGGACAAUCCUUCCUUGGAGAAACUUCAUAUUGGACCAUGUCCAAAACUGAAUCGUCUGGAUGCAAAUCUAUUGCGAGACUUGCCCAGCUUAAGGCUAGUAAAUAUAUCUCAUAGUGGUGUAACUUUAAUUCAUCCCAUGGCAAUAACAAGAUUACCUAUAUUAGAUGAACUGAUACUAAUAGGCAAUAGGAUAUCAGAUGCUGGUAUGGUAGGUCGAGUUUGUAGAGAACUACCUCAAUUGCAAAUGCUGAGAUUGGAUGAAAAUUAUUUAGAUGUACUAGAAGAUGGGGCGUUCGUAGACCUUCCAAUGUUAACAUCACUGCAUUUGUCAAAUAAUCGAAUAAGAGAAUUGCAGCAAGGUGCAUUCGAUAGAGUACCCAGGUUACGAAAUUUAAAUUUGAGUGGAAAUGUUUUACGAAGAAUACAUCCAGACAGUUUUCUACCAGACUCUGGAAAUAAAUUGGAGGAAUUAUUACUAGUCGAUAACAAGAUUAGCCAUGUUGCCGACUUAAGAAUUAUAUUGGAUGCUUUGCCUCGAUUGGUAUUUCUAGAUAUGAGUUACAAUAACCUCGAAGCAAUUCCAUUUGGCUCCCUUAGAGGUCAUCAAACACUAGAACAUCUUAAUUUAGAUUAUAAUAACAUCCACCUCAUCGACAGAGAAGCAUUUGUAGCUAUGCCGGCUUUGAGAGAGUUGAGGCUCAAGAAUAACUCACUAUCAAAUACACUCAUAUCGCCUCUAUGGAAUUUACCUCAAUUAAAGGGUUUAGAUUUGUCAGGAAAUGCAUUUAGACGUCUUGAACACAACUUUUUAUCAGACUUGCCAUCUUUAAGAAAACUGGACUUCAGUAGAAACGAAUUAACAUUUAUAGAUCCUGCAUCUUUUGCGGCUACACCUGCUUUGGAAUUUGUCAACAUAUCAAACAAUGCUUUAGCGAAUAUACAUCCUUCAACAUUCAAGCAUCUCAUGAAUCUGUAUGAAUUAGAUAUUUCGAAUAAUGCCAUAACCGAGUUUAUUCCUGGCCUACCACACGCUAUAGAGUAUCUUCAUCUUCAAAAAAAUAAAAUUAUCGUAAUGCCACUCAAUCUGGAUUUGCCAGCUUUAAAGAUCCUAGAUUUAACCAAAAAUAGAAUAGAAUUUAUACCUAAAGGAUUGUUUACAAGGUUGCCUCAACUGCGAAAGCUAUAUCUGGGUAAAAAUUUCUUAAAGAAAUUAGAGGAUGGUACACUGAGAGGAUUAAGUAAAUUAGAGGCAUUGGACUUAAUGGAAAAUGGACUAAUUCAUUUAGGAACGUAUGUCUUUAGGGACACUAGUGACCUAAGAGAUUUAAAUUUAGGAAAUAACAGAUUAGAGCUAAUAAAUCCUGAACUGUUUCAUUCCAUAACACAUUUAAAAAGAUUAAAUUUAACACAAAAUCUUAUCAAUGAAAUUUUACCCGGAACAAUGGAUAAAAACAAUGAACUACAAAUGAUCGAUGUAUCAUCUAACAAGCUUGUAAGAUUACCUUCGGCUUUCAUGGGGUUAAAGAACCUGAGAAUAUUAAAUAUAAAUUAUAACAGGCUGAACUCGAUCGAUCCGGAAAUUUUAGGAAGUUUGCCAUCGUUAAGGGCCUUGAAGUUGGCCCAUAACUUUAUAAAAGAACUUAAGGAACACGUUUUCCAUAAAUUACAGCAUCUCUCCAAUAUCGAUUUAGAAGAAAAUGAAUUGGAAUAUAUCGAAUCUAAUUUUGUUAAGAAUCUUCCAGUUCUGAAACAAAUAAAGUUGUGUAAGAAUAAAAUUAAGAAUAUACCAGAAAUGGCUUUUGUUAAUCUUCCAUCACUUCAAAUCCUGGAGUUACAAGAAAAUCAAAUUAAAUCAAUAGCACCGAACGCUUUUGUUAGUAUACAACAUUUGUUAAUGUUAAAUCUUAGCCAUAAUCAGAUAGAAAACAUUGAAGCAGCGGGUUUAAAAGGUGCAAAAUCUUUGGAAAUGCUUGACUUGAGUCAUAAUGGAAUUAAAGCAGUUGUAAGUCCGAAUCUCGAAAAGAUGGAAUGGUUGGUGGAACUUAGAUUGGAUAAUAACAAAAUAUGCGGCGUCAACGGUUCUCCAUUUAAUAAUAUGCCAAGAUUAAGAGUCCUAAGUUUAAAAAAUAAUCAGCUAAUGUCUUUUCCUGAACGUGUGAUUGAAAGAAUACGUGGUAACAUUGCUGUAUUGGAUAUAGACGGUAACCCGUUAGCAUGUGCUUGUAAUACAUUAUGGCUACAAGCAUGGCUUCGUGAAACAGGAUCGGUAGGACCUAAAUGUGGCGACGGUCCACUUCUCAGAGAACUUGAUAUACCAAGAGAAGAAUGUUCAGAAGAAGAAAGGAAUGUGGAACUGGUAGCACCUGGCUGCGAAUCAGAAUUGCUUUCCGCCCCAGGUUUAUAUGGAAUAUCUCAGGUUUCUACUCAAUGGAUGAAUUUAAGAAAUAACAAUAAUUCAGGCAAUAAAAAUAAUAUCCCACCAUUACCUGAAGAAUCUGAAUACUUUUAUGAUGACUACGUUGAUUAUCCUGAUAAUGGAACCGGUGCAAAUGUUGUCGACUCAAAUACGGCGAGAAAUGUUGCUUCAAAGGCCAAGCAGAUUAUAAAUGAAAAGGAAAUUCCCAGAGAAGUAAGCAACUCUCCCAGCAGCAGUGGAUUUACGUUUUUCGGACUCCCAUUACCCAAUUUUGGUCCAUUAUUUAAACAAGACAUUAGAAACGAUAAUGCAAUACCAAUUCCCCCAAUUAAAAUAAAUGAUCGACUUGGCAUCGUCAACAGGCAACAAGAUAUUAUGAGUGAAAUAGCUAGAUUACAAAAGGCUCCUCCCAAUUUACCUAGUUUGGAAACAGGUGGCUUUAUACCAAUUUUACCAGGUACAGGUGGGUUUAGCCCAAUGACAAACAUCUUUAGCCAUCAGGAUUUGGAAGGCAUAAGACUAAAAGACCCCCCACCUAUACAAUCUAAUAGGCUGAACUUAAGCACUACCUCAACUGAAAAGAGAAUUGAAAAGAAAAUACAUAAUCAAAUAUCUACAAAUAUACCUACAACCAAUUCGAUAAUAGACUCAAAUUCUACUCUCAGCAAGAAAGGAUCUGAUAGUCCAUUAAUGAUAUCUUCAACCAAAGAACUGAAAGCCCAUCAAAAUACUACUGAUAAUUUAAAUCUAAAUCCAUAUAACAACACUAUUAACUUAGUUGUUUCAACAACAACAGAACUUUUACAAGAAAUAACUACAAAUCCAGCAGAUGAAACAACAGUUUUAAAAGUCAUUAAUACAAAAAUUCCAGAAUUGGCCAUAAACACAGAAUCAAGUAAUUCUUUCAAAACAGAUAAUGAUAAGCCACCAAGAAAUUCUGUGCCGCAAGCAGCUUUUUUAAUACCAGGAGGUCAGCAACCUCCUAAAAAAAUGGCAACAAUUACAAAAGUUCAUUCUCCAGUUAUAGCUACAGUAAAUGAGCCUCUUAUAAGUCUUCAAGAAGAAACAGCCAACUACACUAUCGAAUAUACAACUUUAAAGAAUAAUCUCACACAUAAUGACAUGUCAUGGUAUUUUGCUACUUAUAACAAUACUAAACAUGGGACAUAUAAAAAUAGUGGUAACCAUGUUACUAGAAUGAAAAAUAUACCACUUAUAGUGAUACUUGUAACAUUAAAAAACCUUAAAUCUUUCUUUAUAGUUAAUAUUUAACAAUAGAAAUACAUUUUUUAAACUAUUAA